CGAGUAGACCGGAAAGAGACCGUGCACGGCCGCGGAGCACGACGGGAUAUGGAUUGGCGUCCGAGCGCCGUCUAGGAUAAACAUGGCGGAGGUUUCCUCGUCGGCUGCUAUGACUGCAAAUGUUGUGAAAGAUAUCACCGAGAUCUAUUCGCGCCUCUUCGAUCACAAGCCAUUUCUUCAAGGGGAAAUAAAGUUCUUCGUAAAAGAGUUUGAGGAAAAGCGUGGUGACCGCGAGGUACAAAGGCUGUUCGAGAUGCUCGAGGAUGUGACCGAGGUCCGGGAGACGCAGAUUGACCGGGUAUGCCGUGCAUCCGACGAAGGGCUGUGCAGCCUCGCAGGCAACCUCGAAGUGGCACUCAGCAUGUGCCAACGCAUCCUAGAGGCUGAGGACAAGGUCAACUCUGCGGAUGACCUGUCAGAGCGGCGCGAGCGGCGGCGGGGCGAGUGGAACCAGUUUGAGCAGGACGUCAAGGACAAGGUGGCCAGGAUGGACCAAGCCUUCGAGGAGAAGGAGCGCGAACUCAUCGACCACUACCGUCGCAUUCGCGAGAAGCUGCAGCCCCCUCACAAGAGCGAACAGUAGCCGGCAUCGGCUCGUCUUGAGUAGGCAUCGGUGCGACAUCGUCGGGCGUCACGCGAAGUGCAAGCCGUACAGUGUGCAGUGAAGGUCUUUCUACGGGUAGACGGUGGCGCUCUUAAUGGCUCAUUGCUACUGACUAUGAUGUGCGCUUUAAAAGUAUAGUCUGUGCAGUGGACUUGAUGGAUGACACAGUUCCGGCGAGUUGGAUCACUGGUCUUCCUCUGUUGGGCAAAUCGUUGAAGUUUUUGCGGUAGUACACUGCUCUCCAACAGUCUUCAACCAAAGAGAGUCCAUUCUUCUGUUAUGAAGUGCAGGUUUGAAAUUGUGUAUAAAAAGCAUAUGCACUUUUUUUUU